GAAUUUUUGAAAACAACCAUAUAGUCAGUUUUGGACGCAAAAAAAGAAACAAUUACGAAUGAAUUUUACAAUAGCAUAGUAUUAAAAUACCAGAAUUACAAGGGAUUCAUACAAAAUGCUUGGAAUCGAUAAGCUAUUUAUGAUUUGGCACGCCUUAUGGGCGUAUCUUCUGCUUCCAAAUGUAGCGGUUCGACAAACUGAAGUUGACACGGAUGCAAUCCAUCGAAUGCAAAGUAGAGUACGAACGUUAUUGCCAGUUUUGACCGAGGGAAGUGAUUAUUUUUCGUACUACAAAUUGAACCUGUACCAGGCUGAAUGCCCACUGUGGGAAAACGACAAUGCUAUGUGUAGUAGUCAAGGAUGCGCUGUCGACACGCUGGAAGAAAAUGAGAUACCGAACGUUUGGAAGAGCUUGAGUGACUUUGAACCUUCCUCUAAGAAAAAUCAAACAAGAUGCAAUUGGGAACAUAAUUCUCAAUUAGAUUACUGCUAUGUUGAUGAAGUGUCUUCCAAACAGGAUUGCGUUUACGUUUCGCUUGCUAAAAAUCCCGAAAGGUUUACUGGGUACUCGGGGGAUCAUACAGCUGCUAUCUGGCGCAGUAUUUAUGAGCAGAAUUGCUUCGUGGUAAGCGAUGAUGAAAAUACAGAAGGAUUAAAAAGCAACGCUUUCUAUAAGUCAGGCAUGUCUCCGUUUCAACUUUCGCCAGAAGAAGACGAUGUUCUGUCCAUAUUACCCUCCGUCGCUUGCGAGGAGAAGCGUAUGUUGAACAAGAUUAUAUCCGGUUUUCACGCUAGCAUAUCUUCUCACAUUUGCGAAAACUAUUAUGACGCCGAUCAAAAUCGUUGGACCAAGAACUUGGAGUGGUGGUUGACCAAAGUCGGGAAUUAUCCAGACCGUAUUGAGAAUAUCUUCUUUAAUUACGCUCUUUUACAUCAAGCGCUUGUACAGAUUGCUGAUCAGCUAGAAAAAUCCGAAAGCAAUAUUCCCUUGUCUUUUUGUCCAGACAAUCAAGCGAUUGAUGAACGAACAAGAAACGCAUUUGAGCUACUCGUUUUUUAUGCCAAGCAGGAUAGUAAAGUUAUUGUAAGCUCUAAUUUCUUUGCUGAUGAAGAAUCUCAAAAGUUUAAAGAAACGUUCCGCAAACAUUUCCGGGAUAUUUCUCGCAUUAUGGACUGUGUCGGUUGUGAUAAGUGCAGGUUAUGGGGAAAGCUUCAAAUUACUGGCUAUGCAACUGCUCUGAAACUUCUCUUAGAGCCAAAUACCCAGCUUAGUGACCUACGUCCGUCAGAAAUAGUAGCUUUGAUCAAUACUUUUGAUCGAAUUUCUCAUUCCGUGCAGUCGACUUUUUGGUUUCAAUUAAGGAGAAGAGCUGAUCUUUCCGUUAAGUUUCUUCAAUUUCUUAUUGCUCUUUCCUUUAAAGCUCCCACUCGUGAAAUUCUUUCCUUUUUUGCUGAACAACUUUGGUACAUAUUUUACGCCAUCCUUUAUAUAUGCAAUGUUCCAAGAUUAAUCUAAUGUAUUGACUUCUGUUAUUAAAAAUCUGUUUUUUUUUAUUUACUUUCUUUACAUUUGGAAAAUUUUACUAUAAAAGGAUUCUUUAGGUGGUUACAAGGUUGUCCUUAACCAACUCCUAAGGCGAUUCCCCAAAAAAAAAGGAGUUUAGAGGAAAAGAAAAUUGGUUUCUCUUGUAUGAAGGUAUGUACAAUUUUAUUGCAAAUGAAAAUAAAAUUAAAUAUGAUGACUAAAAUUGGUCCGUGUUACUGAACGGGAUUAAGACCCCGGAUACGAAGAUAAACCCAAUUUUUAUUGCUGAUUUUGGUUUUCAAUUCAUAAAAAAAAAAAUUUUAUGUUCUUUUACUAACGUUUUUUAGAGAAAUCAUGAACUGUCUUAUGGCAGAUGUCUAAACAUAGUACAUAGUUGUAUAUAGUGUGUUGUAUGGAAUAGAAUUGUUUUGGAUGAGAAACUAGACCCUUGUAAAAAUUUUUUUUUG